AUGACCUCUUGGUUCUCCCCAGGUAUUUUCAUGUGCCCUUACCUGAGGACCGAAGACGGCUUCGAGAUGCAGAUGGGCACCAACCACCUGGGGCACUUCCUACUGACCAAUCUGCUCCUGCCCCUCCUGACCCACCAGGAAGAAGCUCGAGUCGUCACUCUCAGCUCCAUCGAGCACUUGAGAGGCAUUAUACCCUUCGAGGACAUGAACUUCGAGAAGGGCUACAAUAGGUCUAAGGCCUACGCCAACAGCAAGGUGGCCAAUGUUCUCUUCACUCGGCAUCUGGCCAAGAGAGUGCAAGGUACCAACAUCCAGGUCUUCGCCCUCCACCCAGGGGUCGUCCAGACCGACCUGGGACGUCACCUGCUGGGAGGGUACUUACUGUCUCACAUCAGCUUCUUCCAGAAGACGACAGUCGAGGUUUUGCACUGCUCGUUGGAGGCCGACCAGAAUGGCGAGACUUACUACUUCAGCGAAUGCAACGGAGCCUACUCCUCAAGGAUCUCGAGGAGAGACGACCUGGCUGAGGAUCUCUGGCAUCUGUCCGCGAAGAUGGUUGGGCUGAGGGAAUGAGGAUAUUGUCAUUGUAUCAUUCAGCAGAUGAAACCUAUUCAUAUGGAACAAGCCCACCAAAGGGGCCACUGACUUCAAAUUCAAGCUUCCAAACAAUAUUAUGAUAUUCAUUUGAUAUUAUUAUUAUUAUUAUUUAUUAUUAUUAUUAUUAUUAUUAUUAUUAUUAUUAUUCAGUAGACGAACCCUAUUCA